AUGGAGGCUCAGCAUAAUAAUGAGCGCAGUAUUGAAAGGUCGAUUGACACUCAGGGUGUGACCGAUGACAUGAAUGGCGGGCAGCCGAUCCAUCCGAGUGGGGCGAAGGAGGGUACUACCAUAUCUGCGUUCCAUCUCCUUGGAAAGUUGAAAGCUGUUAUUAACGAGGUGGUAACGUGCUUAGAGAACCCUGCGAGUGCGCUGUCUGUUGAGGACUGCAUCAGCGUCACAGAGGAAGGUCUGCGGGCGCUUAGAACAAUCAAGGUUGAUCGACGCAUUGAAUGCCGGCGGCAGGUGAACUUGAAUUCCACCCGCUUUAAUGGGCUUUCUCCGAUGAAUCGUGAGGUUGACGAGGGCGAUCAUGCUGAGGUUGAACCUGCUGUGAUGCCAAGGAGCCAGCCUCUCUGCUCUCCGAAGUACAAAAAGGUUUCCCCAAAGCGUAUGGAAAGCGAGUACCAGCGUCGCGAUGGGAUUGAGGCUGCGCGGCACGCUUCCGCCCUCCGCAGCGAAGAGCGGCAGCGCAAGGCUGAGGAGAAGCGGUUGGGCAAACUGCAGGAGAGAAAGUCGAAGUUGGAGGCGGCGGGCGAGCGGAGCCUCCUGGCGAAGCAGCGCCGGGAACAGGCAGAGGAGCGGCUACGCAAUGAAGCGAUGGAGCGAUCUGAAAACGGGGCCCGUCGUGUUGAGGAGGCGCGGGAGCAGACGAAGGAGCGUGCCAGGAGAGGCCACUCGCGCGUCGAAGAAGUUCGACUCAACUAUGAAUUGCGUCAUCAGACAAAAGCUCUCCUUCUCGAUCGCAAGAUGUCAGAAGUGGAGCACAAUCAGGAGCAAAAGCGGGAGGAGAUGCAGCGGCUGGCGCAAGAGCGAAACGAUGCCAUACUUGCCGCUGCUGAACGAAGACGCAAUCUCAGCCAGGAGCGCAUUGAACGACAGCAGCAGCGAGAGCAACAACGCCGCGAAAACCUGAGACGACUUGAAGAACAGAAAAAGUUAGAAAAAGAUAUGAAGGAACAGCGAGCAGAAGAAUGGGAAAAGAAGGUGCAACAACGGCAAAGAGAUGCGUGCGCCGAGGCAGAGGCGCGUAGCCGUAAGGCUGAAGAACGUAUCCAGCAAAGUGCUCAAAUUCGUGAAGAGAAAAGAGAGUUGCUGAGACAGAAACUUGGUAAACAGGAGCAAAAGAUAAAAGAGGUUAGACAACGCAAGGGCCGGGAUGCUGAUACCAAGCCUACUAUCCAGGAGCUCAUGCCAGUUAUUCCGCAGCAAGAAGAAGAACAGCUGGCGCAGAAACUUGCGAAGGUGGUGGCUGCGACGCUGCGACAGGGUAAGACUUUCAACGAAAAUUAUCAAAGAGAAAGCACUAUGAGUGCUAAGGAUCUAAAUCGCAGCAAACUGAGAUCUAUUAUUAGUCGACUUGGAUCGAGUGCAUCACCUACCUCCUUGGCUCAGUGCCGCCAGCCUCUUCAUGACUUACUUGGGACAUCUGAUUUCUGUGAGGUUGAUCACGAAUACAUGCGCUACUUCAACGCUUAUGAGACGUUGACGCGCGUCAUGAUGGACUCGCGGCGUGGGAAUGAUAUGGUUACGUUCCGUUUGGCGUAUGCUGCUUUAUUACGCUUCCUCACAGGCAGUGGCGAGGGUAAGCAGCAUGUGCUUACAUUUGUCCGAUCAGGGGAUCUCGCUCCGCUGCUUGUUUGCAUCCGCGAGGAGAUAAAAGGACUGAAGCGGCACAGUCACUCCGUACCGCUUGCUGCUUCAUUAGAAAUUCUACAGUUGUGUUUUGAACGUAUCGCAACUGACACCCAGACGAAUGCCAGACUUAUCAACGUAAGAGAUCAACUGCUGUCCGAUUUGGACGCUGCCAGCAUCGAGAAGUACUGUAUCGCUGUCACACGAGUGUGUACAGAGGAGGAGGACCUUGAGGUUGUGUACAGUGCGACCCGUCUCUUGUAUUCACAAGUCUGCAUCUUAAGCAAGAAGAAGGGUGACUGCCCAACGGCGUGGUUCCGACAGGUGGCAUGCGCGUUCUUUACACUUCUUCAAAAUAUACUGACACCGGAUGGUGUUCCUUUGAGCGAGACGAGCCCACUUCUCAGCCCAAGACGAAUUGUUAUUGUUUUUAUUGUUUUUCGCGUGCUAAACUGCCUUGCGCGGUGGCAGUUAGAGAUACUACAGGAGCUGUUGCAUGAUGCUACCUCUGACAGGAAUCAGCACGUUCAUGUAGACCCAAAGGACGUGCAAGCAGAACACUCAAGUGUUAUAACACAAACGGAGAUGUUUCAUGUGCUCACGGGUUUUUUCACAUACACACAUGCACAUCCUGACUUACUUGAGAGUAUUGAAGAAGAAAAGGUUGUUGGAGAAGGUGUGCGUGGUUCUUUUGAGGAGGCGUUGAAAUUUGGCGUGACAUUGGCACAAAUCCCGCCGCUUCCAAGUCUACCAUCAUCUAACAGCCCACCGUCGAGUUCAACAAUCUCGGCGGCUCGUCCAUCGUACCACCUGCGAGCCGCGUUGCACGAAUGCCUUCUCCUGAUUGGAUACCUUUGUGUGCAAGACAAGCAAAUUCAAGGCAUGUUUGCUUGGGGGAAGGGAAAAUCGCUACUCUCUCGGAUUCUUUCCGCUAUGCCUUUUCAGUACUUUACGUCAGCGCGCCACAUUCUGUUCCCUACUGUGCUGGCCAUUCUUGUGGAUGCUGAAGACAAUCUGACGCUUGCAAAGGGGGAGAUGAACAUCAAACCAUUACUUUCACUGUUAGAAGAAGAAUACCAGGCGCUACCUAAGAAGGCGAAACUCUACGCUCUUCAACGACACAAGGAGUUGCACCCUGUGUCGAAGGAGGAGGAGGGAAAGGUUCCUCCGCCCGUCCGUUGGGUUGAUCUUCUGGGAGGUGACGACGACGAUUUCUUUGUUCAUAAGCAGGAGACACCUACUCCCACACCAUUGCCAAGUUCCCACCCUCUCUCUACGGUUGAGAAAGAGAGACUCUAUAGACUGCUCAAAAACCCAUCCUUGACGCCGUCGGGGUAUUUUAAAAUGGAGCGAAGAUUUCCUUUGGCUCUUUGGCCCUCUGUCAUGGAACAGCUAACUUGUGCGGUCAAGGGGAACGCCAAGGAUGAGUAA